AUGGCCGACAUAACUAAUCCCAUCCAGACACCUGCUGAAAUGCAGAAUCCUGCUGUCGAAGCAUCAAAUCAGGCAGAUACCAUAUCCGAGAAUGGACUGGCAAGAGACUCCGUCAUCGAGGCUGAUACUACACGAUGCUUCUACUGUGAUCGUCCCCACAAUCUCUGCGGAACUCUCGAGUGCGAGUUGUUGCGCAAGACCGCACUGCUCGAGAGAUACGAAGGAGUCAUGGUUGAGAAAAAUGAAGUCAUCGAGACUCUACGAUCUUUUGCACAACAUCUGGACCACCAACUGUCACAAGAACAUGAGGCGAAACUGUCUCUGCGCGACCAGAUGACAGAGGCUGAGCAGUCUACGGCCGCACUCACAGAGGAGCUUCACAGGAAGACAGAGGAGCUUGACAGCAAGACAGUCAUCAUCCAGAAACUCAAGGAACAGAUGCGCAAUGCCAGAGCUAUCCUACACGAGAUUACGUCUAGCAUGCGUGACGCAAGAUUCGAAGCUCUAUCCCAAAGCCAAGACAAUUGUGUAGGAGAAGGGCCUUCUCAGCAUCCAAACGAUUACGAGGAACCUUCAGCACACUCAUCUCAAGCGACUCCACCCCCGCAUGACAUUCCAAGUGUAGCCGCAGAACAACCUAUUCAGUGUACCCCCAAAUCGUCCGCUUCAAACGACACAGCAAACAACCCAGCAAACGACUCAGCACUCCCGACACUGAUCCUCUCAAUAAUAACCUGGGUCUGGUCUUUUCUAACCACCACCACCACUCGCGAUACCGACAUCCACAAAGAGCAACACCAUCCCAAGCCUUCAAGUCCAGAGAGCAAAGUAAGAGGCGAAAGACGGACAACCUACCAAGGAAAAGCUGUUACCAAAGCUCAACUAAAAUCCCGCAUGUUGGCCGCUGCAGCUGAGCAGAGUAUUAAGAGUGCGGAAUUCUUGGCUUUGAGAAAGAAACAGGAGCAAGAGGAACAGCAGUGGUUUGGGAAAGAGGUGCAGCUGAUGACUAGAGCGAGUGCGGAUGAGGAAGCAAGUACUCAUGAGAAUACUGAGGCUUGUUUGUAA